AGGCAGGACUCGGCCACGUGUCCCUCCCAUUUCACCCAGUCCCCUUGGCCCCGGCUGGCGGCAGUCACGCCAGCCCCAGCGCAGCCCCGCCGCUUUGCUUGCCCAGCCCCGGGGCAGGGCUUUCCAGUCGCUGCCCUGCAUCGCGCUGUAAACCCACCGGAGCACCGCGCCUGCCGGCUGGGCCUCCCUCCGUUCCCGUGAUGUCCCCCGAGGGUUUGGUGGCUGUAGCUGUGGUGCUUAUUGGCCUGGGCUUCCUGGCCUGCUGCUUUUGGGCAGGGAGGCUGGAGGUGCCUGGAGACUGGGGAGAGGAAGAAGAGGGGAUCCCCUUCAUCGCUGAGGAUGGUGCAGAGUGCUGCCGGCUAUUCUGCAAGCCUUCAGCACUGGCCCAGCACCUGGUACGGAGCUUGGGGCGGUCAGUGGUGCUGUGGGGGGGCUGCUGGCUGUGGCCAAACUGGCCCCAGGUCCAGAUGCUGUGGCAGCUCCUGCAGCUGCCCAAACCGGAGCCGGCCGUGGUCCGGGAGUUCUUGCAGCUACGUGAUGCUGGACUGGUGGCCCUGGACUGGCUGCUUGGGCCACGGAGGGCUGGGAGUGACAGUGAUAGUGGGGGCCUGAGCUUGGUGCUGCUGCUUAUCCCCAAUGCUGCUGGGAAGGUGACUGGGGGGCUCCUGCAGCUGGGGCUGCAGGCACUGGAGCAGGGGUUUGUCCCUGUCAUCUUCAACCGGCGGGGCCACAACGGCUGCCCCCUCACCACCCCCUGUCUCCAGCCAUUUGGGGACCCCGGAGAUCUGCGGGAGGUGGUGACCUACCUGCACUGCCGGCACCCUGCUGUCCCUCUUGUGGCCGUCAGUGAGGGCUCAGGCUCAGGGCUGCUGCUUGCCUAUCUUGGGGAGAGUGGCUCCUCCAGCCGCCUGGCCGCUGCUGCCUGCAUCUCCCCAAUCUUCCGUGGCCGGGACUGGUUUGAGGCCAGGAUGCCCUGGCUCUAUGAGUGGCCGCUGCUGCUGCACCUCAAGCAGGGACUCAGCAGGUACGCGGGGUCCCUGGCCAAGGUGGUGGAUGUAGACAGGCUGCUGGGCAGCCGCUCGCUGCGGGAGCUGGAAGAAGCCCUCUUCUGCCGGACCAAGAGCCACCCCACCACCUGGGAGGCCUACUGGGAACGCAACGAGCCCCUGCGCGACGCCGACGAGGCGGCCGUGCCGCUGCUGUGUCUCUGCAGCGCCGACGACCCCGUCCGUGGCCCCGUGGGCUGCAGCCUGCCCCUGGAGCUCUUCCGCAGCAGCCCUUACUUCUUCCUGCUGCUGACCUCGCGUGGGGGACACUGCGGCUUCCCUCAGCGGGGACCGCGCCGCAGCUGGGCCCAUGAGGCCGUGCUGGAGUUCUUCAGGGCCAUGGUCGAGUUCCUGCAGGCAGAGGACCGAAGGAAGGGGCUGCCGCAGCCGCGCAGGUUCGGGGGUGCUGCUGCCAAGCCCCCGGUUUUCACCUGGCAAAGGUCCUACACCCGGUAGCCCGCAAGCAGCAGGCGCACGGGGCAGGGCAGGGUGAGAAAAAGAGGCAGACACUCCAUGUACUAAAAUUACUUUAUUACAGUUGAUUUUUUUUAACAUUUCCUUUGCUAUGAUACAAAGGAUACUUACAAACAAAAUAUUACAUAUGACCUUAUUUUUUUUCUUUUUUUUUUUUUUUUUUUCCCUCUUCUCUUAUUUUCUGACAACUUGGUAACAGCUUUAAAUGCACAAUCUAUACAAUUAAUACAGGUUAUAUAUGAGCUAUAAUGUAUGUUGAACCAGAAGAAUACCAGAAUACUGACAAUAUACUGUACAUUAAGCCUUACCAGUUAGUGCUCCUGGCAUUUUCUACGAGAAGGAAAACGCACACCUGUAGAUUCACUCAUACCAGCUGGUGCUACCAGACAUGGAAGCAGGAAGGAGUUUAAUUCCCCUAGUUAAAUCCUUCAUGGCCCAUCACCGUGGUGUUGGGCCUGGAAACCUCAGACCAGUGUUCAUAGUAAGACAGCAGAUAUGUGUGUUAUUAUCAACUACUGCUCUGCGGCACAAAACCGGGCAGCCGGGUGCCUUCCCCUGGCACCGGGGCUUUGCCGUACCUGGAUGAUGCCCCAGAGCAGACAGCAACGGCCCUGGGGCCGGGCACAGGGUGAGCUCUUGUUGCCGAGCUGGAUCUCCUUACGGAGGGGGAGAGGAGGAGAGGAAAAGCAGCAACAUCUUUGCUGAUAGCAGUAGGCAGCUCUCAGGUUUGUGCACAUCAACAGGUGGGCACCGAGGGGGAAGGAGCAAACCCAGGGCACAUCAUUCCCCUGGCACAGCUCGGCUGAACUGUGGGGCGCAGUCCUGGGCUGCACUCAGAGCUGGUGCCUGGCAAAAAACCUUGGUGGGGCUGGAAGCUGCCUUGCAGUUACCUGCUCACCAGGAAAGGUUUGCUUUUGUUUUGCAGCCAAAGCUAGAGUUGUGUGGCUACAGGUGUGCACUUCCCCUCCUCCUGCCAUGGGCUACGUCGGACUGAUAAGGUUACAUUUCUGUUUUAACUUUUUUUUUUU